AUGGCAUUAAUGUGCGCAUUACUAAACACUAUAGGGUCGCCAGCCAGGUUGCCAAAUUGUGUUGUCCUAGAAGGGCUCUUUUACGUCUCGGCCACUAGUGGGUCGCCAUAGGCUUGCUGGAAAUUUAGUGAGACCAGCAGUGACCAGGAUUAGCUGCCUGGCUAGCAACCCAAGUGACAUCAGCGUGCCAGUUACCGGCAUCAAAAUCUGGAGGCAGUUCGCCAAAAUUGGCUUGAAACAACCUGACUUCGGUCUCACACGAUGUCAAACCAUCUACAGAUAAAGUGAAAAAACACAAUCGUCAAUAGCGUUUUUUUUCCAGUGAGAUGGAUAAACUAGGAAGAGCGAAAAAGCUGGGUAAAGUUGAAGACAAGGUGCAGAGUGUAGCUUCGACAAACCUAUGGUUUGAGAUCGAACCCCAGCAAUGUCCGAUUGUUUAUCGAAAGGAGUACAAUGUUCAUUUUGGAGGCUUUGAAAAACUGCACCCGUUUGAUGCCAGUAAAUGGGGCAAUAUUUUCGAGCAUUUGAAGUCAGAAGGCGCAAUUGAUUCAAACUCAGUAACUAAGCCAGAAGAAGCCACAGAACAAGACCUUCUAGUUGUACAUUCCAAGCAAUACUUGAAGAAUCUCAAGUGGAGUUGGACCGUUGCGAAAAUAGCUGAAAUUCCACCCCUGGCUCUGCUCCCGAACUAUUUGGUACAGCGACUGUAUCUUAGGCCAAUGAGGUUUCAGACCGGCGGUAGUAUUCUGGCGGGAAGGUUGGCAAUGAAGCGUGGCUGGGCGAUCAACAUAGGAGGGGGCUUCCACCAUGCCAACGCCCACCGGGGAGGGGGAUUCUGUGUCUACGCCGACAUCACUCUGCUCAUUCAGUUCUUGUUCAACGACCGAAACUCCAACGUCAAAAGUGCCAUGAUUGUCGACCUCGAUGCUCAUCAGGGAAACGGAUAUCAAAGAGACUUCAUUAAUAACCAGAAAGUUUACAUAAUGGACGUUUACAAUAAACGGAUUUAUCCACGUGAUACAGAUGCAAAGAAAUCGAUCAACUGUAAAGUCGAAUUGGAGCCGUUCACCAGUGAUGAGACUUACCUUGAUCUUGUUGAAAAAAAUUUGGAUGAUUCGUUGGACACCUUUCAGCCUGAUAUCCUGGUGUACAAUGCUGGUACUGACAUUUUAGAAGGAGAUCGGUUGGGAUGCUUAUCUGUUUCUCCAAAGGGUAUCCUACGCCGUGAUCUAUUAGUAUUUCAAAAAGCAUCAGAGAGAGGAAUACCGAUUGUGAUGCUAACCAGCGGCGGUUAUCUGAAAGUAACGGCCAAAAUCAUCGCCAACUCAAUACUCAAUCUACACAAAGCUGGACUGAUAACGCUGCCUUUCGAAUCUGACUGUAUUAUGGAUUUGGCAGAGGUUUUGAGGAAUCGAUAAGAAACUGAUUGGUAUAUUUCUAGGUACAGUAUUUUUUUGAUGAGGGUGAUACCCACCCACUUAAGUCCUAGGAUUUUUCAUAAUGAAUGGCGAUUAUUAAUUCACUUGUAGCAUCAGAUGAAUAACCAACCACUAGCAGUAUUUUUUAAGAUAAUUAAACUGAAUUACUAGUACUUUGAAAACAAGCAGGUACUCCAUCUUCAUGGUUGUCAAUUAUUGUUUUUAUUAAUGACUAGCAGGUAACCCGUGCUCCGCAGGGGUCUAUUAGAAAUUUGACAAACUGAAAACUUGACGUACUAAAAUCUUGAAGAAAUUGAAAUAGGCCUAUAACCAUCCUCGGUAUGAUGUGUCUUUCGUGAAUUUCAUAUCCCGUACGUGUAUAAGCCAAUUAUUUCCUUUAUUAUAUUACUAUAGAUGAUACUAAUUAAUAUAUUGCUUAGAGCACCUGCUAAAACCUUACUGAUUUAGCUUUCCUCUUCAGGGUGGUGUAAUUAUUUAGUUUAUAUCUCUCAAAAUAAACUGCUAGUCGUUAUUCAUCCCAUGUUACAUGUAAAGAUUGAUGUACAAUCCUCCUAAACUCAAGGAAAAAUUGUGUAAUUUUUUGUCUAAAUCUGCUUGUUUCUCAAUUCAUAGACUUGAAACAUUUCAAUUUACCACAGUUUUUGCUGGUAGGCUCUAUCUACUACUGAAAAAUGAUUUUGAAGUUCAUCUGUCAGAUAGUGCAGCUGAUGCCCGGUUGCAGAGACGUCACAUAAAACAGGCAGUUAACUCAUACGAAGCCAUAACUACACUUUCCGUUGCACAGACGUCAAAGUAAACUAUAGCUCACAUACAACUAAAAACGCCCGAUUAGACACAUGAUUUCGUUGCAUAGUCGUCAGAAUGAGCUUAUUUAUGUCUCCAAUCGCUAAAACGGUCAGUUAAGUUAAGGGCCCGAAGUCGUGCUGUUAAAUCCACUAUGUACUUGCGCCAAAUGCAUUUUAGAGCCCAUGAUAGCUUGUUUUGAUACGAAAAACUAUCUUUAUAUAAGCAAAAAUAAUAUGAGUAAAUUAUCUUUACCGAGUAUUGCUCACUAAUAAGAAUAAUAAGUAUUUACAAACAAGUAAAUAUUUAUAAGUAUUCAUUUUCUAACGAGUAUUUUGGCUACCCACAACUCAUAUUAUUGUAGCCUCAUCACUUGAAAACUCUGACACCAGACCUGAGCCAGCCAGGCUACUUGAUAUUAUUUUAGUGCAGCUGGCUUUAAGCGGUCACCUGAUCAAAGAAAGUACCGAGUGGUUUGGUUUUCCUAUUUUGUAUAUUAGCUCAAAACACAGAAGAGCUAUCCCCCCCGUUUUGUAAUUUGUCCUAAGGAUGUGUGGUAACGUAAAUCAACAUUUACAGGUAUUUUGUUGGGGUGUUGAAGUUAUGCGUUGAAUUAUUAUUUGAAUAUGGAUUUCUUCCGAUUCCCAUUACAAAGUCUAUCAUAGGGUUGGCUUGAAUUCGUUCAUCACAGACGAUUGAGCUAAGCCUUGCUUCAAUCUUACGUAUUUGCUCUGCUGUUGAGAUCUUGAUCUCGAAUUAAUGUAUCAUGUAACUUAUAGUCUUAAGCAUUAAUAUUAUUGGAGGUGAUAUAGAGUAAUGAAUAUAUUUAUCUAAAUUAUAUAGCUAGUGAUAUUUAGCGUUUACUUCCUUAUAACGGCUGUGGUGUAGUAAUAAGUAAAUUUACAUUAUACAUAACUCAAUUCCUAGCUAGGCUAGACAAUUUUAUUCUACUAUUCCUUUUCUGUAUUUUAUCAAUACUCUAUUUUCUAACCUUACUGUGAUAAUUUAUAAUAUACUUUAUAAAACAACUGUGUAUCAGUACCUAAGUAAUUGUUUUUAUAAACUUGUUAGCCUUAUUAUAAUAUAGGCUAAGUUAAAUAGUAUAGUUCCCAAUCGUUUCAAACCAUAACUUUUCAAUUAUCAAAUUUAUUGUACCAAUUGGUAUAACACGCUUUAAAAAUUAUUCUUUACAAGUUGUAGUGAAUUUAAUUACAGUUCAUAGGAGUAUAACCAUGUGAUAGUGUGAUUCUCAUUAAAUUGUUACUGUUUUAAAUUACCUUUAUUUUAGAUAUUGCAAAUAUUUAUUUAUAUUACAUCUAUUAUCUUGUUGUUUUUCUCUCAAUUAAUGAUAGGGUUUGCUUCACAACAAUCCACGAAUUGUUCCUAAAUAUCUACGAAUAAAUAGUUGAUAAUCUAUGAAUGAUUAUUACAAUUUAUUAUUAUUAUUGUUCUCUACCAAAAUAAUCCACAUAAAUUGCUUGGAAUAGAAUUGUUGUACUUUUUUGCAAUAGAUACUUCAGAUGCUGAAAAUUUGUUCAUGUGCCAAACUUCGGCUAAUCACAGCCUUUUAGUGAUUCUUCUACUGUAAGAAUAAGUACAGUAGUUUAUAAUAAUAAUGUAGUAGUAAUAGUAGUCUAGUGUAAAAGAGCGCUGUGUUUGACUAUCUAGUUCAAUAAUUAUUGUAUUUUUCCAAAUAAAUAAAUUAUUAUUUUUCCUCCAAGA